AUGCCCCGGGGGAGCCGCAGCGUGGCCCCGCGGCCAGCCAGCCGCCCCGCCGCGCCCUCUGCCGCGCACCCGCCUGCGCACCCGCCGCCCUCGGCCGCGGCCCCGGCCCCCGCCCCGUCGGGCCAGCCCGGCCUGAUGGCGCAGAUGGCGACCACCGCCGCCGGAGUGGCCGUGGGCUCGGCUGUGGGCCACGUCGUGGGCAGCGCCCUGACCGGAGCCUUCAGUGGGGGGAGCUCAGAGCCCGCCCAGCCUGCCGCCCAGCAGGCCCCGGCCCAUGCUGCCCCGCAGCCCCUGCACAUGGGGCCCUGCGCCUAUGAGAUCAGGCAAUUCCUGGACUGCUCCACCACCCAGAGCGACCUGACCCUGUGCGAGGGCUUCAGCGAGGCCCUGAAGCAGUGCAAGUACAACCACGGUCUGAGCUCCCUGCCCUGAGAGACCAGAGCAGAUUGGGUGGCCAGCCCUGCACCCACCUCCACCCCCUCCCACCGACAGCUGGACCAUGACGUCAGAUUGUACCCACCGAGCUGGGACCCAGAGUGAGGAGGGGGUCCCUCAUCCCACAGAUGACCUGAGAUGAAAAUGUGCAAUUAAAAGCCUUUAUUUUAGCCGAA